CUCAGGCCGGUCGCCUCGGCUCUUCUAGCGACCCCAAGGAACAAGAAACUCGCCUUUCAGUAGUUCCGCGGCGCGCUCGGGACCCUAUGCAAAUGAGGUUACUUUUACGGUGUUACCUGAUUGGAGAAACCGCAGGACCGGUCAUGAAAAGAAGCCACCAAUGGAGCUACAAGGAUGCAAAACGCCUUUACCCAUUGGUCAGUUUUAAAUGCCGAACGAUACCCAAUGGUAAAUGGUUUGCCUCGGGUUGCGCACCCUCCGAGGCGCAUAAAAGCUUGGCUUGGGGGUGGUCUUGAGCUUUUUCUGGCCACGCGUGUUACACGUCAUGUCCGGCCGUGGGAAGCAGGGAGGCAAGGCUCGCGCCAAGGCCAAGAGCCGCUCGUCCCGUGCGGGGCUGCAGUUCCCCGUGGGCCGCGUCUACCGCCUGCUCCGUAAGGGCAACUAUUCGGAGCGCGUGGGCGCCGGCGCUCCGGUGUACCUGGCGGCGGUGCUCGAGUACCUGACGGCAGAGAUCCUGGAGCUGGCGGGCAACGCGGCCCGCGACAACAAGAAGACGCGCAUCAUCCCGCGCCACCUGCAGCUGGCCAUCCGCAACGACGAGGAGCUCAACAAGCUGCUGGGCCGCGUGACCAUCGCGCAGGGCGGCGUCCUGCCCAACAUCCAGGCCGUGCUGCUGCCCAAGAAGACCGAGAGCCACCACAAGGCCAAGGGCAAGUGAGGGCUUUCCAGGCCGCCCGGCCUCCCGGCCCCAGAAACCAAAGGCUCUUUUCAGAGCCACUCAAAUAUCCAGCAGAAGAGCUGCUGCCACUCUUACUCGUUGCUCAUGCCUUGU